AAGAACACCACUUCAAGAAUGGGACUGCCUGCUUCCCUUCCCGCACUACUGCUGUGUCAGGACUGGACUAAAAGAGUUUUGAGGGACUCACACAUUUUUCUACCUGAAGACAAGGCCUCCAGCCAACUGCAGCCAUGUCGAGCAAGCGUGCCAAGGGGAAGACGACGAAGAAGCGCCCCCAGAGGGCCACCUCCAACGUCUUUGCCAUGUUUGACCAGUCUCAGAUCCAGGAGUUCAAAGAAGCCUUCAACAUGAUCGACCAGAACAGGGACGGCUUCAUCGACAAGGAGGAUCUGCACGACAUGCUUGCCUCUUUGGGGAAGAACCCCUCUGAUGAAUACCUGGAGGGCAUGAUGAGUGAAGCGCCAGGACCUAUAAACUUCACCAUGUUUCUCACCAUGUUUGGAGAGAGGCUCAACGGCACCGACCCCGAGGACGUCAUUCGCAACGCUUUUGCCUGCUUUGAUGAGGAAGGAUCUGGUGUUAUCCACGAGGACCAUCUGAGGGAGCUGCUGACCACCAUGGGCGACCGCUUCACGGAUGAAGAAGUGGACGAGCUCUUCCGUGAAGCACCCAUCGACAAGAAGGGCAACUUCAACUACGCAGAGUUCACCCGCAUCCUCAAACACGGAGCCAAAGACAAGGAUGACGAGUAGAGUGGAGAGAGGCGAGGAUGCAAGAGCCUGCCCUCUGCACGCGCACCACAAAUCAAUUUCCAGUUCCUGCUUUUAUGAAACCUGUCACAUGUGCCAGAAAGGGAAUACAGUGUUCCCUCGUUUACCGCAGGGGAUGGGUUCACAAAAUAGCCCGCAAUAAGUGAAAUCCGCAAAGUAGCCAACUUUAUUUGUUUGCAAUUAUUAUAUAUUUUUUAAGGCUGUAAAAGCCCUCACAAUACACUUUAUACACUUUUCUCAGACAGGCAGUAACUCUCUCCAAGUUCAAAUUUCGUUUGAAUUAUAAUGAUCAAUCUACUAGUUUGGACACAAGAAACUAUUAAGGGACUCACGCGUAUUCACUCUUCUGACCGUGCCUCACCCCGGCGCCAUCCGGCUGUCGUGUUUUUGUAUCCUUGUUAAAACAUAUCGCUCCUACCGUCGUCCCACUUCAUUUAGCCGGUUAGCUUCUUCUUCUAUUGUUUACUGGCGGUUAGCAAGCAGCUCACACAGUUAGCCAGCUUGCUAGCGACUAUUGACCACAACAGGAAACGGCAUGAAGGAGAUUGAUUGACAAUGGUCUACAGCCAAUCAAGACACAGAACACAAUUGGUCUCCCUUAGCCAAUAAGGACUGUUGUGGCUCUGUAUUUAGCCAGCUAUUGUCUACUGUGGGUUGCCAAUAUGCUUGUACAGGCAUAUAAACACAUGGAUGACGUGGAGCUCGUCUUCAACUCUCACAUUAGUAUGCAACACCCUCUACUGGUAGCAGUAGUAAAUACAAUAACAGACACACACAACAGAGCGCCAAUAGAUCGCUCAAAUGCGCGUUCAUACGCUGUUCAAAAAAAUAUGCAAAAUAGCACUUUAAAAAAAUCCGUGAAACGUGAACGGCAAUGUAGCGAGGGAACACUGUACAUGUAAGAUUCAUUGGCAAACACAGUAUUCCCCAAUGGACUUACUUUGUAGGUUAUCAUCAUGAAGCGUUGCAUCUCAUGGAUACAGGUCUACUGGCGGCCUUCAAGCAGCUUUGAGAUGCACUUCACACCACGUGUGUGCAAGGACAAUCAGAUUCAUUGCUCAAUACCAGCUCGUUUACCUCUUCCUGCCAUUUAGCUAUACCACACUCCGUCAGAACGCGGAACCAUGUGACAUUUCAACGGAUCGAGAAAUGUUAUUCCUAUUGUGUAUUCAUUUAUGACAAUCAAACAUCGGGGUGUGUCGUAUGUGUGCUGGACGGGGUGGGUUCUAAGCCCAUCAGCUGGCUGUGUGUAUGUGUUCAGGAUCAGCAAUGUGUGUUGUGUGUUGCAAACUGCAAAUUGCUCAGGUGAAAACAGUAGGUUUAUUCGUCCCCUUGACCACAGCUUUGGUUUCUUCCUGCUCAAAUGAUUGUGAACUUUGUGUAGUCUAAAUCCUAGCAAUGGAAGCACGCAUUGGCAUUUCACAUCUUAUGCCGAAGGUUAUUGUUAAAUGUUACGUGCAGUGCAACUUUGUAGCUUUUAUAAGGUAGAAAAUAAAAUGUUCCUGAGCUGAA